GCGACUCGCGCGCGGACGGAGGUGCGCCGGUGCUCCGCGGUGACUGUGACCGUAGCGGCGCUCCGUCGGGCCGCGCGGCCGUAGCGCUCCUCCCGAAACAUGGCGUACCGCACGCAGCGCGCCCACCACCCGUACGAGGAGAUCGAGUACGAGGAGAACCCUUACGCUGGCCGGCCGGGGCCCAGCCGGAACGGGUAUGGGCCGCGGCAGGAGAAGACCUACGACUUCCUGCCCAUCCAGCGGCCGGCCAACGCCAAGAGAAACGGUACCGGCGAGAUGGUCAGCCGUCGGCGCAUCCUCAGCCGGUCGCGGGACGACCUGAACCUGGAGUCGUACCAGGAGGAGGAGGACGACGUCUGGUACAAGAAGGAAAAACUCUACAGCGACCACAUCAGGGAGGUGCUCUCCAAAUGGGACUCGAUCGACGACGAGAUCUGGGCCAAGAUUAUCGUGUUCGAGAGGAACCGACGUGUGGCCAAGGCCUACGCCCGCGUCGGCGUGCUCACCAUCCACGGCUCCGACGUCGGCUUCGACGGCAGCAAGAUCGGCCUGGGUGGCUUCGAGAACCCGCUGCGUGACCCCAAGGUCGAGGACGUCAAGCGGUACAUCGGAGGGGGUGUGAAAGUGAAAAUGGACAACGAGGGCAACAUGAUGGUGAAGCGGCUGGCCAAGUCCAACGUCUUCGUUCGCUACUCCAACGGCGAGAACGCAGUAGGCUCAGACAUUCUGAAGCUUCCUCAGGCAGCUCUGGAGGCCAACAAAGGACUGACACUGUUCGACCUGAAGAAGUUCCAGCAGAACGUGAACCGGGAGCUGAAGCGGCAGUACCCGGACCGUACGCGGCUCGAGACACAGUGCAUGACCUCGCUGGCGUUCGUCAAGAACGACGACGACCUUCUCAACUGCCCCUGCUGGGUGCUCAUUAUCAACAUCGUGGCGCUCGACAUGCUCAAGGGAAAGCUGAUGCCUGGUCUCCGCACAGCGGCGAUUCCUCCAGGCAUGCCCGCGGUGCGCGGCUCGAUCGCCAUCCCGGACGAGGACCCGUACAGCGUGGCCGGCUCGGGCGGCAGCUCCGGCUCGUCCGGCCGCCUCGGCCGCUCCGAGAGGCCACCCAAGCUGCCGCCGCGCGACACGGACCGGCUCGGCCACCGCGACGUGCCCAACCCCGACUACGCCGAGGACACGGACGACCAGGAGCCGGCCACCAGCAGCAGCGGCGGCAGCGGCGGCGGCGGCGGUGGAGGCGGCGGCGGCGGCGGCGGCGGCCUGCGAGCACGGCUCCAUCUCGGCAGGAACAAAAACAAGAAGGAUAGGAAGAAGGGCGACGAGCUCUACUACGGCGGCUUCCAAGCGCGCAUCCCGAACUUCGCCAAGUCGAAGGGCUCCAAGGAUGAGCUGGUGCCGGACGCUGCCGGCGGGCCGCGGGACCCGCGGCUGCCCAUGGACCCGCGGGACCCGCGGCUGACGAUGGACCCGCGGGACCCGCGACUGCCGGUGGACCCGCGCGACAUGCGGGGCUUCCUGCCGCCGCCGCACACCAUGCAGCACCCAGCCAUGUGGCAGCACCGCGGCAACUACGAGGGAGGCAUGGGAGCGGACCCGGCCGAGCCGCCGUACGCCAUGUUCUACAACUGGAACGCCGUGCCGAACCGCGUGCCGGCUUCCUUCCAGCAGCGGCGCGCCAUGUACGUCUCGAACUGGCAGUGACGCGCCACGACCGCCGCCUUGGAACGGUGCCUGUGAUACACGGCGACACAGACGCGCGCCGCGCGGGGCUGCCGAGCCGCCGCCGGCCGGCCCGCGGGCGGCCGGCGUGCGGCGGACCUGGCCUCUGCCUCGGCCUCUGAGCCACUGCCUCUGUGCCUCUGCCUCUGCGUAUCUGCCUCUGCGCCUCUGCCUCUGUGCCGCCCGAGGAGCUGGGCUGGAGUCGGCUCCCCGGCGCGCGCUUGACUCGCCACAGUGCUCGGGAGGUGGUUGUGGUGAGGACCUGGAGAGAAACAAUAGAACCCGUACAGGAAGAGCCGAACAGACGGCGGCGAGGAAGGCGACAGGCGAAAGGGUACCAGCAGACGGACGAUACACAGGAUAACGCCGUAUCUGGCUGUCUUGCAUUUCAUGAGCGACCUUCGUUUUCAGAAAUAUAGCUCUCUCGUGAAAUGUGCUAUCAUCUGUGUUAGAAAUAAGUUUUGAAGUGCGGCUUACGUACGUUUCACGUCAUGCAAUAGGGCGAAUAAGCCGUGUGGCGGAUCGCCGUGGUGGUAAAGCAUAUGCUGACGUCAUAUGCGACCAAUUAGCGCAGCGAUAGUCUGUCAGUGCUCAAUUGUCUACUUCCACAGUGCAUCUGUUAGCCCUUUGUCGUGUGUGCUGACCUGGCACCACGAUAUUUGUUGGUUCGAUGAAGUUGUGCCUGCCUACACCCCGAGUAGGCUGAAGCAAGCUUUGAUAUUAAAGCAUGAUCAUAUGCGCAUUGCCUCUGCAACAGAGCUAUAGUACGCCCAAACAAAGACAUUUAACUGUUUGAUACCAUUCAGUGCGGGUCUUGCAUUUCUGAAAAAUACACCGUUGCUGUCGCAAAAUUAGCCCAAAAUUUCCGGCGAACGCUGGGGUUUUUGCCAAGGCUUACCAUCGAAACGUAUCGAAUAUUCUUAUCUUGCUGCCAAUGAUUCAAAUUGAGAAACGUUUCGAGUAUUUUGAUGUGGUCCCGUUAGACCGGUACUGUUACAACCCUACGAUCACGUAAGUGCGUAAUCAUUUGUUUUCGUGGAGCUAGUGCGCUGAUCAAUUACACAUGUAUUACCGGAUACAAACACCCACGGGCAGCAGCGUACAAACGUGCGCCUCGCUCUGUUUUGUAUUCACGUGUGGUGUCCGGAGCUGGUCGGGUGAUGCGUGUGAGGUGUGUGUGCUUAGCAUGUUAUAAGAGUGGUGGAUUUGUUGUCACUUUCUUUGCUUUCAAAAGGGCGUAGGUUUCCGUAUCAUGGGUAUGACAGCAUCGUUUCUGAGUUGGUGAAUGUAUGAAUUGGAAAUAAAUGGUCAACAUUUGUA